UUCAGUCUUCUUUGAGAGUUUAAGUUGAGAGCACACAUUUUCUGAAACUUAUUAAAGAUAAAUCCCGCUGUUUUACGUUACAAAUUUUCCUAACACAAUGGCUUUUCACUCGGUGGUAACGAUGGAAAAGCCGCUCCAGCACAUUUCGCUGACGGACUGGUACGCCCAGGUGAACCAGAUGCGAAAUGUGGCGGAUGCUCGGAGAUCAGAUGGCUUCGCCCUGCGCCAUGCAUCACGAUCGUUGAGGAACGAGACAAGGAUCGAAGGCGACUGGGCCAAUUACGAAACCAAUGAAGCUCUGACCGAUCGUAUCUCAGAGUUGAAUCGCUGGAGAGAUAUAAUCUCCAAGUCCUUUGAGAGGAUUGAACGCGAGAUAUUUUUGCUGCAGGAGGAAAAGAACGCCACGGAACGAGAGCUAGAGGCGUUAGCGGGCCCUAUUUCUGUUAUUGCCGAGUGUCUCACAAUGAGAGAUGGUCGCCUUGGGUCGGAGAUUACUUAUGAUGAGGCUGAUACGGAGAUCAAGAACGAACUGGUCGUACUGGAGAACAACCAGAGACUGCUGGCCGAUCGUUGCCAGAAGGCAUGGGAGAAACUAAAUCGGCUGGAGGAAGUGCGCUUCAAGAUCGGUCUGGAAAUUGAGUUCAAAGUGGAGGCGAUGCAGUUGGACAACUCUCAGUUGGCCCUUGAUCGCAAUUCGGCGAAUAUUUCCUACAAGCCGGAUCCCACUAGAAAUCCAAAGAACUCAUGCUCAUACGAGUCCUGGCUGGAAAACGUGAAAAACAUAAAACUGCUGGCGGAGAAUGAACUGGCUGAUACGUACGCCAUCCGGGAAGCGUUGUUCGUGUGCCGCGAGAAAGCGCGCAAUAUGCUUCAGUCUCAACAGGAGCGGGCUGAACACACCAUCCGUAAGCGGAUUUUCGAGACCCAACGGGCUAGAAACGAAAUGGAGUGGCAGCAGCUCAAGAUGAAGGAUGAAAUGGAGAAGGCGAUGUGCGAAAUCCGUACCUCGGAGAAUGCAUUACGUGACAAAACCGAUGCUCUUAAGCUGGCUGAAACACGACUGGAAAACCGUGCCCAGAGAUCUGGUAUGGAAUUGUGCAUGGAUCAGGCACACGACAUGCUCUGCCUUGAGGUGGAAAAACUGCGCGAAAUCCGUCGCAGGCUGCAGGCCCAGAUCGACGCAAGCAAGACUAACUUCCUUUUGCUGGAGGAGCACGGCAAACGGAUCGAUGAUGAUCUGGAGAACAAGCAGCACUCUCUGAUGACGGACAUCAGGGCAUUGGAUCUGCGUAUGCGUCUUAGAGGAGGAGAGUUUGGAUCCAAAGUAACCAGUAACGCCUCGCAGACAGAUAGGAACAUAACACUUACUCGCAUGGAGAACGAGAUUCCCAAGGACUAGACUUUUUUUAAAUAUCACUCAUUGCUUUUACUCUGACGUUCAUUGCUCGUUGUAAUUUGUCUAAAUUUUUGUGAAUAAAUGAUAAAUUUUCCCAGA